UACAGAUCUAAAUCGACUCUUUUUCUUACGGAGGUUUAUCUAUUGAUUGAACCUGGUCUCUAUCAAACUCUCAUUUCACAUUGCACCUAGAGAAGAACCUAGUCCAACAGUCUCCGCAACAUGAAGGCCAUUUUUAUCGAACAGUUCGGAGGCCCAGACUCCCUGGUGAUCAAAGAAAUCCCGCGACCCGAACCCCAGACCGGCGAGGUCGUCAUCAAAGUCAAAGCCUUCGGCAUCAACCACGCGGAAAUGCACAUGCGCAAAGGGGAAUGGGCCGAGUGGAUGCCUGUGAGCGGGAUCGAAUGCGUUGGAAUAGUCGUGGACUGUCCGGAUGGAGAAUACGCAGAAGGGACCGCCGUGGCCAGUCUAAUGGGCGGCCUUGGGCGCACCAUCAACGGAAGCUAUGCCGAGUACACCCGCGUACGGGCUUCUAAUGUUGUCGAGCUCGGUCCAGGUGCGUCGACGCUGGGGUGGCAUCAGCUGGCUGCGAUCCCGGAGUCCUACGCCACAGCCUGGACGUGUUUGUUUCGCAACCUCGACUUGAGAAGCGGGCAGACGCUACUGAUCCGCGGCGCGACCUCGGCUUUCGGCCAGGCAGCCUUGAAUCUAGCCGUGGAGAAGGGCGCUCGUGUGGUUGCGACGAGUCGCAGGGAGAGUCGCUUCGCGCACCUUAAGGCUCUGGGCGCCGAGCGUGCAGAGGUCGAAAGGCCCAAUCUGUCGGAGCGGUUGGCAGAGAAAUUCGACGCCAUCUUGGACUUGGUGGGCAACAGCACAAUUGUGGAUUCACUGAAGAUGGUGCGACGGGACGGACGGGUUUGUCUGGCUGGGUUUCUGGGGGGGUUGGCACCGAUCCAGGAUUUCAAUCCGCUCCGGCAGAUGGCCAGUGGAGUACAUUUCAGCUUCUUUGGAAGUUUUGUAUUUGGAACCCCGGAGUUUCCCCUAUCCGACGUCCCCCUCCAGUCCAUCGUGAAAAUGGUUGCCGAUCGAAAAUUCACAGCAGAGCCGUCGCGUGUGUUCCAAUUUGACGAGAUCAGGGAGGCGCAUCGAGUGAUGGAAGCCAACGAAGCCAACGGAAAAAUGGUCGUGGUUGUUGAUGAAUAAAAUUGUCUUCGUCACGAGAAAGAAAUCUGGUCUUCCAAGACAUCCAGUGAACAAAACAAGGUGUCAGGAAUCCGGAGAAAUUGUCCAAUCAGAUCCUU